UGUAGCCAGUAGGUCAAAUAAGUGUGUUAUUAACACAUGUGAGAGAAAGAUAGUCACGUUUAGCUUCACUGUAGACAUGAAACUGUACCAGGCGCUCCGUAAUGUCGCCAAGUUUAGGACCGUUUUCGACUUUGGUGGACGGGACGUGGCUCACUGGUUCCCCGGACACAUGGCUAAAGGACUGAAGCAGAUGAGAGCCAACAUGAAGAAUGUGGACUGUAUCGUAGAGAUCCAUGAUGCCAGAAUCCCAUUCUCUGGAAGAAACCCUGUGUUUCAUGAGACUCUAGAUGUCAAACCACACCUGCUAAUUCUGAACAAGAUGGACCUCGCUGAUGUGUCCAACAAGCAGAGAAUCCUGAAGAAACUGGAAAAAAAUGGAGUGAGAAAUGUUCUCUUCACCGACUGUCUCAAGCAGAGAGAUGACAGCAUCAAAAAGUUGGUGCCGAUGGUGAUGGACAUAAUUAAGAGCCACCCACGCUUUAACAGAGAUGAGAAUGUAGAUUAUUGUCUGAUGGUGAUUGGAGUGCCUAAUGUGGGAAAAUCGUCUCUAAUUAACUCAUUAAGAAGGACAAAUUUAAAAAAAGGCCGUGCAUCUCGAGUAGGUGGUGAGCCAGGCAUAACUAGAGCAGUCUUGACUAAAAUUCAGGUGUGUGAACGACCCAUAAUGUACCUAUUGGACACACCGGGAGUCUUGCCUCCUAAGAUUGAGAGUGUUGAGACAGGCAUGAAGCUUGCUUUAUGUGGAACUAUACUUGACCAUUUAGUGGGUGAGGACAUAAUUGCUGACUACUUACUCUAUUCUCUGAAUCGGCAAGAGAAGUUCAGUUAUGUGGAGAAAUACAACCUCGAAAAGCCUAGUGAUGACAUCCAACAAGUCCUCAAACGCAUUGCUGUAAAACUUGGAAAGACUCAACGGGUCAAAGCCAUUACUGGAGUGGGGAACAUUACCAUCACUCUCCCAAACUACACAGCAGCAGCUUAUGAUUUCAUAAGAGCCUUCAGGAAAGGAGAGCUGGGACGAGUCAUGCUGGACUGAAUCGAGGCAUAUUGAGGAUUACCAAAGACUGUUUCUAGGUUUUUCCAGUUUGCCCCAUAACCCGGAGCAAUGUAUAUAUUAAAAACAUCAAGGGAAUGUAGUCCGUCUCUGUCCUCAUGCUUUUGACAUUUUGGGGACAUGUUGCGGUCUGUUGUGUUUGUGGAUGAUAUAAAAAGGCACCAGGACACUGUAUCCUUCGUAAAUAAAUUAUUUUAUUGUAAUUCA